UUCACAUGUUAUUUUUUUUAAUAAUUUCUGAAAUUAAGAUAAAUUGAAUAUUAUAAAUUGUUAAAUUUGGAAGAUUUUGCAAAUAUUGUUUUUAUACAAAACUAUGGGAUCAAAACGUGAAGUAGAAAGAGAAGAUUUUAGAAAUGAUUUUCUCGUUAAAAUUUAUGAUGAGGUUUAUUCAGAUAAUUUAGCAAAUGACUCUGGAGAUGAUUCUUCAUCAGAUUAUUCUGAUGAAAAUGUUAAUUUUGAGGAAACCGACAAUUUCAAUAAAAAGAAAAUAGAUGUGUCCAAAAUAAAGUCAUCUGAAAGAAGAAACAAGCAAGAAGAAAGCAAAAAACUAUCUUCAUUUCAGCCCAAGGGACAAUUGUUUAAACAAUUUGAAGAUAAAAUAAAUUUCGGGUUCCACGAUCACUACGAAAAUUUUAAUAGAGCUGCAAAUGAAUUAAAAGCGUUUGAUCGAAAGAAAGAAACAAAUCGUGUUCGGAAUAAAGAUAAACAUGAUAGAGCUACAGCAGAACAAGUAAUGGAUCCCCGUACUCGAAUGAUAUUGUUUAAACUAUUGAAUCGUGGGAUUAUUACGGAAAUUAAUGGUUGCAUAUCAACAGGAAAAGAAGCAAAUGUUUACCACUGUAUCACAAAAUCUGAUGAGGAAUAUGCCAUAAAAAUUUAUAAAACAUCUAUUCUUAUAUUUAAGGAUAGAGACAAAUACGUUACGGGUGAAUUUCGAUUUCGUCAUGGAUAUAGUCGACACAAUCCAAGAAAAAUGGUUCAAACUUGGGCUGAAAAAGAAAUGAGAAAUUUAUUGAGACUAUGUAAUAACAACAUUCCAUGUCCUAAACCUAUAAUUUUGCGAAGUCAUGUUCUUGUUAUGGAAUUUAUUGGAAAAAAUGGCUGGCCUGCACCGAAAUUAAAAGAUAUUAAUGUUAACAUUGAUAAAUUCGGUGAACUAUAUAGAGAUUGUGUUGUAAUAAUGUGGAAAAUUUAUAACUUGUGCAAAUUAGUACAUGCAGAUUUAUCAGAAUAUAAUAUUUUAUAUUAUAACAGUACAUUGAUUAUAAUUGAUGUCAGUCAAUCCGUUGAGCAUGAUCAUCCUUCAGCGCUAGAGUUUCUUAAAAAAGAUUGUAUUAAUAUUAACGACUUUUUCAAAAAAAAAGGAGUGGGAACUAUGACAGUUAAGGCGUUAUUUGAAUUUAUCACAAACCCUUUGAUUACGAUUCAAAAUAUAAAUGAACAUUUAGAUGCGAUAGCGAAAAAUAUUGAAACAGAAAAAGAAAGUAAUUUUUCGAAAGAGGUGGAUGAAAAAGUUUUUGAAAAUAUUUUCAUUCCAAAACGAUUGGAUGAGGUUAAAACUACCGCAAAUAUUGAUUCUGGAAUUGAAAUUACAUCCAUAAUAAAUAAAAUGGUUAAUUUAUCAACUAAUAAUAACAUGCCAAAGUCUGGCGACACAUCAGCAUUUUGUGAUACAGAUCAGAGUGAAUUAGAAAGUGACAAUGAUGAAACAGAAAAUAAUGAUGACACAAGUCAAAAUGAGAAAAAGUUCAAGAGUAGCGCGCGACCACGGGAUGAGUCUCCCAACAGUAAAAAAGCAAGAAAACAAAAGGUGAAAGAAAUUCAAGCAGAAAAAAGGAAGACAAAAAUAAAGAAGCAUUUAAAACGUAAAAGUUGCUCUAGUAAUAAAUGAAAUAAAGUCAUAAUUUAUAUCAUUCAAUUGAUUUGAUCUUACAAAUAAUGAGGUGUUAACUAUGUAUGU